GUUGCUUUACUAGCCACUUUUUUCUGUCAACGCUUGUUGAAUUGUUAAGUCGGCUUCCAACGCGAAUUACUGUAUUUAUUUUAGUUUUCUGGUUUUGCGAUUAAAUUGUGGUUUUAGCCUUCUUUUGCUAUGUGUAAACUCUCGCUCUUCGCUUUCCUUCGGUUUUCAUUUCCUUUUUGUCCGCUGGUUCGGCUAACGCGGAAAUGCCCACUCGGUGCCUAUCGGCUAUCGGUAAAUUUUGCAAACAGAACUGCCAACUAUCGAGUAUAUUAAUUAGCUAUUUAUACGCUAGCAACAUAAAAUUGUUAAUAUUUUACUUGCAUUAAUAGCUAAAUUCCCGCUAAAAAAAGAUAUACUUACUACUGGAGCAAUCGAUAAGCCCAGCAUUUCGAUAGACCAUUUUGGCCGCCAAUAAAACCAGUUUGUUUUUUUAAUUUUGUUUAGUAUUUGUGUAUUUAUAUUAAUUAUUACGUGCUUAUUGCUUAAUUGUGCUGUUAAAAUGUCGGUAAGAAAAAUGUCUGAAUACCUGAGGAACUAUUUGGCCGAGGAGGAUAAAAGGGUUCGAGCCAUAUGCAAUGGUGAGGACGGUGAUGCUGAAAUGAUUCUAUGGAUGCAUAGUAAAACUAGAAUAACUGAGGAGGAUUUGGCACGCACAUACACUGAGGACGAGGUGAGAGAGCUGUGCUUACGAACCAAAGUCAAAGUAAACAUGACGUCAUGGAAUUGCCUUUGGGACGCCAAAAAGCGGUUCGACAAAAAGAAUCGGCUGGAGAAUAGAUCCGAUACCUAUGUCAACCGAAUGUUUUUGAAAGCGGUUCGGCGGAAAAUGGUCGAGCCCUAUACGGACGAGUAUGUGGCCAACCAGAGAGACGUGGCUAGCGCCGAGACCAAGAAGCGCAAUAAUUAUAGACUAGAUAAGUGGCGUAAUCAGAGAAAUGCAUUAGAAACAGAAUCCUCACCAGCUAGGGAGACGUUUGUGGAUCAAGCGCCUUUAGGAACUCAAGAUAUAGAUGAUGAAAUGCUAGAUGUAACCGAAGCGGACCCAUUAUUUACAACAUUCAGCCAAACUGGAGUUGAGCAACCUCAGGGAGCUUUAGCCGUACCAAAUGCUUCGUCUUGGUCGCAAUCAAGCUCUGUAAUAGAAGUACAACCGGAAGGUUUAGUCGAGGUGAUUGAUUUAGUUUCCUCUCAAUCUUCUAAUACAAUAAAUACUGAGAGGCUGUUGCACGUCAAGGAGGAGCUUUUAUCUGAAUCAAUUACUCAACAAGAAUUAAACUAUGAAACGGGAGCUCAAAAUCAAGCCCAGAACGAAGAAGUUGAGACAUCAUCUCUAACAGAACUCUUUGGUAUUGGGGACCAAGAAGAGGAUCAUCAAAAACAGGGAGGUUCUGAAGUCCAGUACACCGCCAGCCAAGAGACACAAAUGCAAGAAAGCUGGGCAUACGGAGGUGGAAUUAAUUCGGAAAGCAUGUCGACAAUGCCAUCAUUAAGUUCACAGGACCUCUUUAAUAGUGAACCAACGGAUCCUAACUAUGAGACGUUUGGCACACAGUUGAAUCAAGGUACCUCCACUCAGGAGGCUGCUAACUAGCUAAAAAAUGAGAAUUAUAAAAUCGAAAUUUUGCAUUUAUUGAUUUUUGUUAUAUUAUUACGUGCCUAAGUGAAGAAUAAGUAAAAAUGGCUUAAAAACAUGUAAUCCCUAAAAAUUGUAUAAAAUGAAUAAAACCUUAGCUACAGUACGGGGCUAGAUUUAUGCUAUGUA